UCCUCCCUGUUCCCUGCCAUAUCCCCUCACACUCCACUGCAUCACAGCCCUGUCCUCACCUGCUGCCAACAUGGGCUGGUUCCUCCUCCCCUUUGAUAACCUGCUGUGUAUGGUCCUUGGCAUAUCCUUCACUGUGGGAUUCAGCUCGCUGCUAGUCAUGGUCGUGCCGGCCAUCCUUGGAGUGUCCAUUGGGAUCCGCAGACUGUACAUGAAGAGCCUUCUCAAGGUCUUUGAGGUGAGUUUGCUUCACACUGUCACAAUGGGUCCGAUUCUGACAAGCUAAGAGUGUGUAAGUGGAAUGUAAUUCCCUUUUUUAUGGACUUUUCUCUAUAUACGUAUUCUGACCUUGAACUUAAGCAUGAGAAUAGGUGUGUCUACAGAUACACCAUAUUCUAACCUUGACUUAAUUCCCUAAUAAUUCCACCACCUUUAUGUGCGAAUAAGGUCUAGCGAACCUACCAGUUCCAAGUGGAAAAAGCAUCUACUUAAUUUUUUCUGAUAGAAAUAACACCAUUCUUCAUGCACUAUAAUUUAGAACUUGAUAAGAGCUAGGUAAAUGAGUAAUCAGUUUGGAUAAGGGAAUUGUAAAUAUAUAUUACACUUGUUUUAGAUCUAUUUUACCUUAUAAUCGCUGGAGACUUGUGAAACAUUUACAUUUAACAUUUACAUUUUAGUCAUUUAGCAGACGCUCUUAUCCAGAGCGACUUACAGUUAGUGAAUACAUAUUUUUUUAUACUGGCCCCCCGUGGGAAUCGAACACACAACCCUGGCAUUGCAAACGCCAUGCUCUAUCAACUGAGCUACAUCCCUGCCAGCCAUUCCCUCCCCUACCCUGGACGACGCUGGGCCAAUUGUGCGCCGCCCAUAAAACCAGUCAUAUGGCAGAAAACUGAAGCAUAGCAACAUAUAAACUUUCCCACAGUAAUGUUUCCUAUUUCAAUCAUGUUAAAUAUUAGCCACUAUCAGUAUCGACCGUCAGUAGGCCUAAUAACCACACAUAUUCAACUACCAAUUUACUGUUAGUUCCCUUCAGUUGGUAUAGGUUACAUUAUCAUUCCAUUUAAAUACAUUGUUUUGUUUACCUGCAUUUGUUUCCUCUGUAAACGACGGCACGACCCUGUGGUUAUUGCUGAGGAUCAUUAGUAACAGUUGAUCAUAUAAAAAGAAAAGAAAUGUAGGCUAAUUAAAUAGUUAUGGAGCGGUGCGCAGACCAAGCCGUAACAGUUUCAACCUGAAGCACGGCGCAAUACUUGGCCGUGUCAUAACACAGUUACAUGGUUAGUGCAGGCAAUAGACAAGGGUAUAGGCUACUAUUGUACACUAUUCUCCAUAUUAUAAUUAUUCUACACUAAUUUUCCAACAUUACCAUGGGUUGAAGAACUGAAUGUGGCAAUUUUCUGAAUGAAUCAAACCACAGUUUUCUUUCGUACGUAAAGGAUCUCCAAACCUGUUUUUUUAAUGAUUCAUAAAUACUUUCCUAAACCUACAUAAUCUACAAGAUCAGUGUAUUUUUAAAUCUACCAAUUGGUGCUGAAACGGAGACGAAUAUGCAUAUAUUUAGAUACCUUUCUUUCAUUGAUCCCUAAUAUUCAGAACCCGUUCUCUCAACAUAUUCUAGUGAGUCUGUAGACAAAAUUCUAACUAAAAGGUACACCGUAUUUAAAGGGAUGGCUUAAGAUAAAAGCACUGAAAACCCUAUUGAAUGAAAAGUCCACGAGAAAAUCUGUUGGCCAGCAAGUGGGAGGGUUUUCAGUAGUUGACUGAAAUGUAUUCAGAGCGCGCAAGAGAGCGUUACGUGACUGAAUAAGGUACAGUGGCGUGCAAAAGUAUUCACCCCCCUUGGCAUUAUUCCUAUUUUGUUGCCUUACAACCUGGAAUUAAAAUAGAUUUUUUGGGGGUUUGUAUCAUUUGAUUUACACAACAUGCCUACCACUUUGAAGAUGCUAAAUAUUUUUUAUUGUGAAACAAACAAGAAAUGACAAAAAAACAGAACUUGAGCGUGCAGAACUAUUCACCCCCCCAAAGUCAAUACUUCGUAGAGCUGCCUUUUGCAGCAAUUAUAGCUGCAAGUCUCUUGGGGUAUAUCUCUAUAAGCUUGGCACACUGGAAUUUUUGCCCAUUCUUCAAGGCAAAACUGCUCCAGCUCCUUCAAGUUGGAUGGGUUCCGCUGGUGUACAGCAAUCUUUAAGUCAUACCACAGAUUCUCAAUUGGAUUGAGGUCUGGGCUUUGACUAGGCCAUUCCAAGACAUUUAAAUGUUUCCCCUUAAACCACUCAAGUGUUGCUUUAGCAGUAUGCUUAGGGUCAUUGUCCUGCUGUAAGGUGAACCUCCAUCCCAGUCUCAAAUCUCUGGAAGACUGAAACAGGUUUCCCUCAAGAAUUUCACUGUAUUUAGCGCCAUCCAUAAUUCCUUCAAUUCUGACCAGUUUCCCAGUCCCUGCCGAUGGGAAAAAUAUCCCCACAGCAUGAUGCUGCCACCACCAUGCUUCACUGUGGGGAUGGUGUUCUCGGGGUGAUGAGAGGUGUUGGGUUUGCGCCAGACAUAGCGUUUUCCUUGAUGGCAAAAAAGCUCAAUUUUAGUCUCAUCUGACCAGAGUACCUUCUUCCAUAUGUUUGGGGAGUCUCCCACAUGGCUUUUGGCGAACACCAAACGUGUUUGUUUAUUUGUUUAUUUUAAGCAAUGGCUUUUUUCUAGCCACUCUUCCGUAAAGCCCAGCUCUGUGGAAUGUACGGCUUAAAGUGGUCCUAUGGACAGAUACUCCAAUCUCCGCUGUGGAGCUUUGCAGCUCCUUCAGGGUUAUCUUUGGUGUCUUUGUUGCCUCUCUGAUUAAUGCCCUCCUUGCCUAGUCCAUGAAUUUUGGUGGGCGGCCCUCUCUUGGCAGGUUUGUUGUGGUGCCAUAUUCUUUCAAUUUUUUAAUAAUGGAUUUAAUGGUGCUCUGUGGGAUGUUCAAAGUUUCUGAUAUUUUUUUAUAACCCAAUCCUGAUCUGUACUUCUCCACAACUUUGUACCUGACCUGUUUGGAGAGCUCCUUGGUCUUCAUGGUGCCGCUUGCUUGGUAGUGCCCCUUGCUUAGUGGUGUUGCAGACUCUGGGGCCUUUCAGAACAGGUGUGUAUAUAUACUGAGAUCAUGUGACAGAUCAUGUGACACUUAGAUUGCACACAGGUGGACUUUAUUUAACAAAUUAUGUGACUUCUGAAGGUAAUUGGUUGCACCAGAUCUUAUUUAGGGGCUUCAUAGCAAAGGGGGUGAAUACAUAUGCACGCACCACUUUUCCGUUAUUUAUUUUUUAGAAUUUUUUGAAACUAGUUAUUUUUUUCAUUUCACUUCACCAAUUUGGACUAUUUUGUGUAUGUCCAUUACAUGAAAUCCAAAUAAAAAUCCAUUUAAAUUACAGGUUGUAAUGCAACAAAAUAGGAAAAACGCCAAGGGGGAUGAAUACUUUUGCAAGGCACUGUAAGUCUCAAUACCGAAUACUGAGAAGUGCGUAGGAAAGGGCGUAAAUUCCUAAGUCAGAAUCGGGCCCUUAGUGAAUGCCUGCUUUGAGAAAAACACGCUUAUUUUGAUAGGCGACUUGCAUACUCUAGAACUGAAAAAGGUAUGACACAAUUACUUCAUGUUUAUGUAUGAACUUGAACUAUGCCUCUAUUUUGAAUUAGCUUAGCAGUAAGGGGCGUUCAUCUAAGGCCAGGCUCAAUUUAGAAUAGCUGCCCUUAUUCCACCCCAGGCUGUGUCUGAUCUGCUUUGUGGAGAGAGAAGUCACCUCAGCUUGGCUGUUUUUUUUUUCUAAUGUGGUCAGUCAACUUCACUGAGAAUAAAUGGCACUAUGGACAUUGUUCUAUGGACCAAUUCAUAUAAUUUUCUUUGCCAUUCACUAAAAGUGAGCACACGAAAGAGACCACUACUCUCAGUGGAUUUGUCAAAUUUUUCCUCUGGUGGCAGUGUGUGUGGUCUUUGCUUCUCCCCUACCGCAUGCAUCUGUCAGGGGCAUGUCACAGUGCUAAAUUAGCCUAGCUGCAUUGCCUUUAAAAUUACUAGAGAUUUCAUAUCUACAAUAUUAUUAAAAUCUCCUACACAUUCAAACAAAGGGUUGAUGUUCUUUUCAAGAAAAUCAUGAGUGAAUUAGGCCUAGGUGUGGGGCAGCCACAGGAAUUGUGGAGGAAAUGGUUUAGGAAGGGAUAUACAGUAGAGGCCUUCACGGGUCCACCCGAACCUGAAUAUCCGACCCGGGACCCGAGCAGGUCCAACUUCUAUGUAGCCACAGCUGAUAGACCCGAAUGGACCCGACCACUUCUGGUUUGGGUCUGAUUGUUCUUGGGUCCGUUCGGGUCCUCCUUUAAAAAAAAUGAUCGGGUUGGUUCGGGUCCGUGGUCUGAUUGUCCUCGGGUCUAUCCGGGUCCAUACCUCUAAUAUACAAUAACAUGAAGAGGUACACUGCUCUGUAAUAUAUGGUCUGUGGUUAUGUAUAUAACAUGCAGUGAAGUGGUCUUUGCAGGUAGCACUGUUUACAUUAAGGGAGCCACAAAUAGUGGAGUUGGCCAACUUGAAGCAGCUACUGUUAUUAUGUUGAUUGCUAAUUGCUGACCCAUAAAAGACACAGUGAACAUCUUUUUUGGUCAUACAGUGCUGUGGACUGUUUUCACUACAGUCUCACCCUCAGGGGAAACCACAUGCCUCCAAAUACUCCAGGCUGCCUGUUUCAUGCUUAUGGCCCUGUCUAAGAUAGCUGUUGUGUUCCUAUUCUCUGUGGACCUGCUUACUCAGCUCUUGACUCCCUGUCAGUUGUACCAUGUGAUGUAGUCUUGCUAGGCCAGGCUAACAUAAUCAUUUAUGAGAUACAGUCUGGUCCGAAGACUAUCUGUGAUGCAACUUCAAGCUUAUGAAUGAUGAUAUCAUGGCACAGAGGAAUGAUUGCUUCUCAUCAAAUUAUAAGAAUUAUGAAUAUAAAUGUCAUAAGCUUUACAAUAUGGCUUAAAAUACCUUAGGGAUAGAAUUCAUGGCUUAAAGAAAGUUCAUGUAUGAUUAAUGUAUGAUACCCCCCUCUUUUUAGUGGGCUACUGUGCGGAUGGAGAGAGGCGCAAAGGAGAAGAAUCAACAUCUUUAUAAACCCUAUAGCAAUGGUACGACCUUUUGAUGUACAUCUCUCACUUAUGGGAAUGGCAAUGUCUCUGUUGUUGCAUUAACUCUGUCUCUCUUUCUAUCUCCCUCCCUCCCUCCCUCCCUCUCUGUCUCAGGUAUCAUAGCUAAAGAGCUGUCUUCUCUGGAGCAGGAGAUCCAGGAGCUCCGUGCCAACGGCACCACUCUGAGCUCUGAGCCUGAGUUUGAGAUGGCGGACAUCAUGUAUUUCUGCCGGCGGGGGGUGGAGAGCAUCGUGGAUGAUGAGGUGACCAAGCGCUUCUCUGCUCAGGAGCUGGAGUCCUGGAACCUGCUGACACGCAGCAACUACAACUUCCGCCACAUCAGCCUGCGGCUCAGCGUGCUCUGGGGACUGGGUCUCUUCAUCCGCUAUGGCUUCCUGCUGCCACUCAGGUCAGAGGUCAAGAGUCAGGGGUCAGGGUCACCAUCUAAGGCAGGAAACCUAUUUGCGAGUUAUACGCCAACAAGGAGCUGUUGUGGGCGUCAAGAAGGCUACAAAUUGGAUUUAUGAGAAUUGUGGUUAUUUAGCAUGAAAGACCGCUUUUAUGUGUUUUUUGGACAUUACAACAUAUGUUGUCAACUAAAUUGAUGUGUGGUGGACUGACUGAAGUUCUGUUUUGUGUUCUACAGGGUUACUCUGGCAGCGUCUGGUAUUGGUCUGCUUGUGGUCUUGACUACCAUAGUGGGCUUCUUACCAAGUGGCUGGUACGUUUCCACCAACAUACCCUCAGAAUACACACAAACUUACAGUACCUCAUCUACAAGAAGAUUCUGUAUUGGUGAAAGGCUUAUUGUCAGUGUGUUGAUCUCCUCAGGUUAAGGACGUACCUCAGUGAGAAGAUUCAUCUGAUGUCUUAUCGCAUCUGUGUCCGAUCCCUCACUGCCAUCAUCACCUACCACAACAGGUACUGUAGACCAACCAAAUACUCACUGGCUAGUAUCCACAACAUCAGCUCAGACAACAGAGACACAAACCUACUGUAUUGUGUCACAGCUUUCUGCCCAUUUAAUGACUCGCCACCCUAGUUUGUACUGAGCUCAAAGACAGUCUUACAGUGCCUUCAGAAAGUAUUCAUACCCCUUGACUUAUUCCACAGUUUGCGUUACAGCCUGAAUUCAAAAUGGAUUAAAUAGAUUUUUUUAUCUCACUCAUCUACACACAAUACCCGAUAAUGACAAAGUGAAAACAUGUUUUUAGAAAUGUUAGCAAAUUUAUUGAACGUGAAAUAAAGAAAUAUUUAAUUUACAUAAGUAUUCACAACCCUGAGUCAAUACUUUGUAGAAGCACGUUUGGCGGCGAUUUCAGCUUUGAGUUGUCUUGGGUAUGUCUGUAUCAGCUUUGCACAUCUGGAUUUGGGGAUUUUAUCCCAUUCUUUCUUGCUGAUUUUCUCAAGCUCUGUUAAGUUAGAUGGAGAGUGGCGGUGAACAGCAAUCUUCAAGUCUUUCCACAGAUUUUCAAUGGGAUUCAGGUCUGGACUUUAGCUGGGCCACUCAAGGACUUUCACAUUCUUGUUCUAAAGCCAUUCCAGCCUUACCUUGGCUGUAUGCUUGGGGUCAUUGUCCUGUUGGAAAGUAAAUCUUCACCCCAGUCUAAAGUCUUUUGCACUCUGAAGCAGGUUUUCAUCAAGGAUUUGCCUGUAUUUGGCUCCAUUCAUUGUUCCCUCUAUCCUUAACAGUCUCCCAGUCCCUGCUGCUGAAAUGCAUCCCCAUAGCAUGAUGCUGCCACCACCAUGCUUCAUGGUAGGGAUAGUGUUAGACGGGUGAUGAACUGUGCCUGGUUUUCUCCAGACAUAGCACUUUGCAUUCAGGCCAAAGAGUUCUGUUUUUGUCUCAUCAGACCACAUCAUCUUUUGCCUUAUGCGCUGAGUCUUUCAUGUGCCUUUUUGCAAACUCCAGGCGUGCUGUCAUGUGCCUUUUUUUCCAGGAGUGGCUUCCGUCUGGCCACUCUCCCAUAAAGCCCAGAUUGGUGAAGUGCUGUAGACACUGCUGUCCUUCUGGCAUGUUCUCCCAUCUCAGCCAAGGAACUCUGUAGUUCUGUCAGAGUGGUGAUUGGGUUCUUGGUCACCUCAAUGACCAAGGUCCUUCUUGCCCGGUUGCUCAGUUUGAUUGGACAGCCAGCUCUAGGCAGAGUCUGGGUAGUUCCAUAUUUUUUCAAUGUAUUUUCAAAAACGUUAUACCCUUCCCCAGAUAUAUGCCUCAUCACAAUUAUAUCUCUGAGAUCUACAGACAGUUCCUUGGACUUCAUGGUAUAGUUUCUGCUCUGACAUGCACUGUCAACUGUGGGACCUUAUCUAGACAGGUGUGUAUCUUUCUAAAUCAUGUCCAAACAAUUUAAUUGGCCACAUGUGGACUCCAAUCAAGUUGUAGAGACAUCUCAAGGAUGAUCAAAGGAAAUGGUAUGCACCUGAGCUAAAUUUGGAGUGUCAUAGCAAAGGGUUGUGAAUAGUUUUUUACUUUAUUUCAAUUUCAAUAAAUUUGCAAAAAUCUCUGUUUUCAAGUUUUCACUUUGUCAUUAUGGGGUAUUAUGUGUAGAUGGUUGAGAAAAAAUAAAUAAUUGAAUCCAGUUUGAAUUCAGGCUGUAACACAAUAUGUGGAAUAAGUCAAGGGGUAUGACUACUUUCUGAAGGCACUGUAUGUCAGUUAGGGUGGCACACACUGGUUGUUGGUCGUUUUAUGAGAAAGGCGAUUUUGUUAAUGUGUCUCAUUCAGUCGUUUCUUUGCUCUGUCCACAGUGAGAACAAACCAAAGAAUGGAGGCAUCUGUGUGGCCAAUCACACAACUCCCAUUGACGUCAUCAUCCUGGCCAAUGAUGGCUGCUAUUCUAUGGUACUGUAUGUAAAUCCUGGUGUGUAACAGUAAGGAUUGUGUGUCUAUUCAAAGCUGUGUCUGUGUGCGUCUCUGUGUGUGUGCGUUUCUGUGUGUGUCUGUGUAUGUGUGCUAGUACGGAAUGUGUGGGGCAUUUGGGAGACAGAUGUAUAGCCCAUUGUUUGCCAAGAUGUUUAGUUCAAGAUUCUCACUCAGUCUUCACUUCCUCUCUCAGGUUGGCCAGAUCCAUGGUGGUCUGAUCGGGGUAGUCCAGAGAGCCAUGGUGAAAUCCAGCCCCCACAUCUGGUUUGAGAGAUCUGAAGUCAAAGACCGUCACCUUGUGGCCAAAAGGUAAUAUUGCAGCUGCAUGUUGAGAAACCAUACUUUCCUUCCAUUUCCCAUUGUCAGAUUGUUGUCGAAGACAGUGUUUCCCAACCCUGGUCCUCCAGUACCCCCAACAGUACACAUGUUUAUUGUAACCCUGGACACACCUGAUUCAACAGCAAAUCAAUUUUGGCACAAUCUUCUAAUGUGGUGAAAACAGUUAUAUUAUUAGUAGCGCAGUGACGGUCAUGGAAUUUUGGAUGAUGGUUUUCGUUGCACAUUUUCUCCACUCCGGACUGCAUGUGCUGCCAUAGAAAUAUGCUGCUGCAUCGUGAUCAUUCAGUCAGGGUUAUGACGGUUAUUUUAUUUUCAUGACGGUCUUCAUCCAUAACCGUCCUAAUUAUUAACAUGUUAUUUACACAGUUCUGUAUUUUAUUUUUCCAGGCUUAGCAAUCAUGUAGCAGACAAAACUAAACACCCCAUCCUCAUCUUCCCAGAGGGUUAGUAUGAAAAUUGACCCUUUUCUGAUGGAUCGAGUGCUGCUCAAAUAGAGAUGAGCUAAGGCAACUAAUGAAGGCUGUAAUGAUAUCUAAAGAUUCACCCUGUGUCGGAUCUGUGUGAGUGUGUAAUGCCGCGGCGUGACAAUGUGCUUCUCACUCAGGCACCUGCAUCAACAAUACCUCAGUGAUGAUGUUCAAAAAGGGCAGCUUUGAGAUAGGCUGCACUGUCUACCCUGUGGCCAUUAAGGUAGUCUCUCCCUCUCGCUCUACCUCUCUACCGCCACUUUAUCUAUCAACCACCUAACCCCGCUCCCUCUCACACCCUUUGACCUCUCCCUGUGUCUCUGUGACAGUAUGACCCUAGGUUUGGCGAUGCGUUCUGGAACAGCAGUAAGUUUGGGAUGGUCAACUACCUGCUGAGGAUGAUGAGCAGCUGGGCCAUUGUCUGCAGCGUCUGGUACCUGCCACCUAUGAGCAGAGAGGUGUGGCCUUUCUUUUGGUUUAGCCCAGUAAAGUUGUUAUUAUUGAUUUGUAUAAUGCAGUUAUAAACAAGGGUUUCCCCUAAGGUCUAGACCUAAAUCAUGUGGACAGUGAUAAGUCCACAACUCCAUCCUGGUAUAGAGACUCCAUGUUAAUUGUCUGACUGAGCCAUCUCUGUGGUUGUCUGCGUAGGAGGGAGAGGACGCGGUGCAGUUUGCCAACAGAGUAAAAGCAGCCAUCGCCACGCAGGGAGGACUGGUGGACCUGCUCUGGUGAGUUUCAGUGAAUACGCAUCACACACAUCACACACACUCACACAGAUUCUGUCUAGCACGAUUCCUAGCUGUGUGUUUAUCAUGGUGUCUACAUUUUUGCAAGUGUACACAACAAGGGUUGUACAAAACUGCUCUUCCCUGUGUUUAUCUGUCUGCUCUAAGGGAUGGAGGGCUGAAGCGAGGGAAGGUGAAAAACACUUUCAAAGAGGAGCAGCAGAAGCUGUACAGCAAGGUGCUGGUUGGAGACCAGGAGGACCAAGGUGAAGACAGACCACAGGAAGCUAAAGAAGAAGAAGAAGAAGAAGAGGGGGACCAAAAUGAAGACAUACCACUGGAAGACUACACACCCAGACCACUGGAAGACUACACACCCAGACCACUGGAAGACUACACACCCAGACCACUGGAAGACUACGCACCCAGACCACUGGAAGACUACACACCCAGACCACUGGAAGACUACACACUCAGACUACUGGAAGACUUCUCUCUGAGACUACAGGAAGACUGCACACCUAGACCACAGAGAGAGGAAGAGGGGGAGAGAGACCAGGAGGACAAAAGUGAAGACAGACUACUGGAAGACUGCACACUCAGACCACAAGAAGAGAAGGAGGAGGAGAGAGGCUCAGAGACACCAAUGAAGGACCAA